GGUGGGGAAUCCACGUGUGGAGCUGACUCUCUCAGAGCUGCAAGACAUGGCCUCCCGCCAACAGCAGCAGAUCGAGAACCAGCAACAGAUGUUGGUGGCCAAGGAGCAGCGUCUGCGGUAUCUAAAGCAACAAGAACGCCGCCAGCUGCAGACUGUUUCAGAGACUGAGAAACUUCAGAAGCUGAAGGAGAGAGUGGAAACUCAGGAGAACAAGCUGAAGAAGAUUCGAGCCAUGAGAGGACAGGUGGACUACAGCAAAGUCAUGAAUGGCAAUCUAUCAGCGGAGAUUGAGCACAUCAGUGACAUGUUCCAGGAGAAGCAGCAGGAAUUGCAGGCUGCGGUGCUGAAAGUGGAGCAACUCACGCAGCAGCUGGAAGACCUGCGGAAAGGAAAGUUAAAUGGAUUCCAGACCUACAAUGGACAAAUGACUGGGCCUGCGGCACUUGAGCUGAAGAAACUGUAUCAAGAGCUUCAGAUUAGAAACCGUCUCAACCAGGAGCAGAACACAAAACUCCAGCAGCAAAAAGAGUUGUUGAACAAGCGCAAUAUGGAAGUAGCCAUCAUGGACAAGCGUAUAAAUGAACUUCGUGAACGGCUCUACAAGAAAAAAGUUGAGGCACGUCAAAAAGAGAACAUUCCCCUAAAUCGCAUUAACGGGGCACCAUCACCUCAGUCUACAUUGGCAUCUGGGCGAGUCGCUGCUGUGGGUCCUUACAUCCAGAUUCCAAGCACAGUAAAUUAUACCCUGCCUGCCGAUCCAGUGAAACCUCAGUCCCUGUCUCUUGCUGCUACUGGAACACACACACGCUCUAAGUCUGCCGGUGACGCAACUUGGCCUGCACUGAAACAGAAUACGAUGUCUGUGGUUAAAACACCUCCGCUUGGCACUUCUGACUGGAAAGAGUCAAAUAUAGAGGCCGGAUUCAAAACUGCACCAAUAUCCAGCCAACCCUUACCGUCUGCUGCAGUGGGGCCCACCGAGAAGCUGUCUACAGAUGGUGGGAAGUUGCCCUCUCCAAUCCCAGGAUUGAGUAAGACGCUGCCACACAAUUAUGGCAUGUACCAGGGACCUCUUCCCUUGAGUGCUACAAAUUCUUUGGAAAGGAGAAAAGAUGGAAGCCUGACCAGACCCGGCUCUGGACCCACAGCACGUACACGCCCACUUCCGUUGCCUACGCCAAGUAAUGCUCACCCUCCAGGUUCCUCCCAGCAAAUCCAGCAAAGGAUUUCUGUCCCGCCCAGCCCCACGUACCCACCUUCCUCUUCUCCCUUGUUCCCUGGAACAGACACUAGACCCGACCCUCCCUUAACUGUGGCGAUCCGACCUUUCCUGGCUGAAAAGGGAUCCAGGCCACAGUCACCUAGGAAAGGACCACAGACAGUAAACUCAAGUUCUAUUUAUUCUAUGUACCUUCAACAAUCAACACCACCAAAGAACUAUCAACAAGCUGUAUAUAACACCCUCAACAAAUCUGUGAAAGCGGUAUAUGGCAAACCAGUCGUCCAGUCUGGAUCAUCCAACUCCUCCCCUCUUCCUUUCUUACAUAAUGCACCAGCUCCAGGAGGCGACAAAGAGGGUGAAGUGGAUGGCAGUGUUCCAGCUGGGGAAGGUAGUGGAGUGGAAAACAUCCCUCGCCCCCUUAGUCCAACUAAGCUGACCCCCAUUGUUCACUCACCGCUGAGGUAUCAAAGUGAUGCUGACUUGGAGGCCCUCAGGAGAAAACUUGCCAAUGCACCAAGACCUUUAAAGAAGAGGAGUUCUAUAACUGAGCCUGAAGGUCCAAGUGGCCCCAACAUACAGAAACUGCUGUACCAGCGCUUUAAUACCUUGGCUGGGGGCAUGGAAGCUGCACCCUUCUACCAACAGUGUAACUCGCAAGAGCUUGUGAGCGCGUCAGCUGAUGUGGACAAUGGUAACAUGAGCACAAAUGGCAAUGUAGAGGAGGUGGGCUCUUUACAGCCACCUGUUCUUCCCCCUGCAGCACCUGUUCCUCAGCCACCAGCUCCCGAACCACAAGUCUCCUCAGAUGACAAUGACAACAAAGUCUGCUCACCUAUCACAGAGGAACCAGUUAGUAGUGAGAUUAUUAACCAGGUUUCAGAUACAACUGAAGACGAUAAUAAUAAUCCAGCCAUAGUCUCUUCCAAUGAGAAGACACCAAGCCCAAUACUUGAAGAACCAUCUCCAGUCAAAGAGGAGGUACCUGCACCACCCACUGUGCCACCACAGAAUCCUUCUGUGAAACGCACUAAUCUGAAGAAGCCAAAUUCUGAGCGCACAGGACAUGGACUUCGUGUAAGGUUCAACCCCCUGGCUCUGCUGCUUGAUGCAUCUCUGGAAGGGGAGUUUGACCUUGUCCAGAGGAUCAUAUAUGAGGUGGAAGAUCCCAGCAAACCCAAUGAUGAGGGGAUUACUCCUCUGCACAAUGCUGUGUGUGCUGGGCACCAUCACAUUGUUAAGUUCCUGCUGGACUUUGGUGUUAAUGUGAAUGCUGCUGACAGUGAUGGCUGGACUCCUUUACACUGUGCGGCUUCCUGUAACAGCGUCCACCUGUGCAAGAUGUUGGUAGAGUGUGGGGCUGCCCUCUUUGCCACCACUAUUAGUGACACUGAGACAGCUGCCGACAAAUGUGAAGAAAUGGAAGAGGGCUACAUCCAAUGUUCACAGUUUCUUUAUGGUGUUCAGGAGAAGCUGGGGGUAAUGAACAAAGGCCUGGUAUAUGCCCUGUGGGAUUUCGAAGCACAAAACGCAGAUGAGCUGUCCUUCCGAGAAGGUGAUUCUGUCACCAUUCUGAGACGCAAAGAUGACACGGAGACGGACUGGUGGUGGGCACGUCUUAAUGAAAAGGAAGGAUAUGUGCCUAAGAACCUUCUGGGGCUAUAUCCCCGGAUAAAACCCAGACAGCGAACCUUGGCUUGA